UGCCGCGCUGUUUCAGCGCCACUGGUCUUUUAUUUUGACGGCGAGUGCGGAUUUUUCUGCUGUGCGAGAGCUGUAACGGGACGCAAUGGUUGUGUCUUCGAUUGUGUGCUUCGUGGUUGAGCAGGAGCGUGAUCGCGCACGGGCAGCUCUGCGCCGUAUUCACGCCGGCCUCCAAACUCGCAACAAUUUGGGCUUUCAACGCGAUAAAGCGGCCAAGUGCGAUAAAGCAUGCGUCUCAUGGCAGUGUCUGCACGAGCAACUCGCCGCCGUUAUAGCGCGGCCGGAUGUCGCAAACGCGACGCCUUGCGAACUUCGCGCGGUGGCCAGUGACGCGUUCACCUGCGCAGCGAAUGGAUCAUCGGCUCACUUAGUGAUGUUCGCAACCGCCAAUGCGUCGACGCCGGAAGACUGAUACUCCGCGCAUCGCCUCUUUCUGUUGGCUGCUGAGGAGGCCUUGGUUAGCUGCCACAGCGUGAUGCAGGAGGCGUCAAGUCGAGGGGACACAGUGGUCAGCAUGCCCAGCCUGCAGCAGCCCCUCAGUGGCGGUGGCAGCGGCCACUGCUCAGAUCAGGACUCUGUGCCAUCAAGAGAAUCCUCACCAGUCCCUGCUGCGCCCACGUCUCCUUCACCAUCUCCCCUUACUCCAACCGACACUCAGACACAAGCCCAGCUCGAAGCUGACAAGAGGGCAGUCUACAAGCACCCUCUGUUUCCCCUACUGGCCCUGCUGUUUGAGAAGUGUGAGCGAGCCACUCAAAGUGCCGAGGUCCCCUGCUCUGAAAGCUUCAGCUCUGACAUCCAGGCGUUCGUGCAGCACCAGGAACAGGACCGCAAGCCUUUUUUCAGCGAUGAUCCUGAAGUGGACGGCCUGAUGGUGAAGGCGAUCCAGGUGCUUCGCAUCCACCUGCUGGAGCUGGAGAAGGUGCAGGAGCUGUGCAAGGACUUCUGCAACCGCUACAUUGCCUGCCUCAAGAGCAAAAUGCAAAGCGAGAACCUGCUCCGGUCUGCCGACUUUCCAGGCUCGGGGUCCCUCUGCGAAGGAGGUGGCAGCAUGAGUGACACAGCUUCCUCGUCUUCGUGCUCUUCGCCCCCGCCACCAGCAGCCAGCAACCCAUCUCCCCCUCCUGCCCACUCCCUUGUCACUGCCACACAGGGCAACUGCCUCUCGUCUUCUGCUCUGAGCUCUGGGCAGGUGGUCUCGGGGGGAACAGUGUUCCAAGUUGUGCAGACCACGGCUGGGUUCGUGGCACAGCCCAUUCAGAUCCAAACAAGUGCAACUCUGCCUGUGAUAGCAUCAAUCCACGGUGGGACACCAUUGUCUCAGAUUGGUGCAAACCUCUCCGCUUCUAACCAAGACCAUCGAGUCUCUAACCUCGCUCCGAGGGCUCUCUCAGUGAGUGGUGAUGAUGAAGAGGAGGACCUCCUGGGCUCGAAGAAAAAACAGAAGCGCGGAGUGCUGCCAAAGCAGGCAACCAGCAUCAUGCGCUCUUGGCUGUUCCAGCACAUAGUGCACCCCUAUCCCACUGAGGAUGAGAAGAGGCAAAUAGCAGCUCAAACCAACUUGACCCUUCUCCAAGUCAACAACUGGUUCAUUAAUGCCCGUCGGAGGAUUCUGCAGCCAAUGCUGGAUGCCAGCAACCCCGAGAACAGCCAGCAGAAAGCCAAGAAGGCCAAAGUGCAGACGGUGCGGCCGGUCGAGCGCUUUUGGCCCGAUGCCAUCGCAUCCCUACAGCCUCGAGCAUCGAGUCACAAUGGCAUGGCUCCAGUUUCUUCUCCCAGUGCCCAUGGCAGGCCUUCCACCAGUGGUACAAGCCUCUGCUCCGAAGCUUCUGAUGACAGUGCCUGUGGAGGGGACACCGGUCACUCGGCAGCAGAAGACGAGAGCAGGGACCAUGGCAGCAGCAGCAAAGCCUAACAGCGCAACCGCCCUGCUUCUAAAUAACAGUGGGCCAUGGCCAGCACAGGACAAGGACAUCAGCGCUGCAUCUUCUACAUCUUGUCUAAGAAUCUGAUCUUUUCAUUGUUCAUUUCUGCUGCGUCUGGUGUGCAUUCGGAUAGUCUUUGCUCCUGUUUUUACUUUCCCCCGAGUUCUCACUUCAGUCUUCUAGACUAGCUUACAUUGUUUUACAUCACGUGACUUUGCACUACUGAUUGCACUUGUCAGUGCAAAAGGUGGGUUUCUGCUCGUUUGAGGCAGACUCAUGCAUGUCCGCUUACCCCUUUGAUAUUGCCUUAGAGGUGCCUCUCAGUGCAUGCAGUCCUCCUUUAUUCCAAGGAAUCAGAGAUACACAGGGAGAGGGAAGAAUCUUUUCUUCACAGCUUCAUCAGCGUCAUUCCAAGGCAAGGUUUAGUUUUGUGCCAUAUCGCAAAGGCAUUCGUGAUGCGCUUCUUGGCCAGGUGCUCCAUUAUGUAGAUCUGCAGUGCAGAACAUAAGUCAUUCCCAGGUGAAUGCAUGCCAUUCUUUUAUACAAGCAUGCAUGAGAACUGCUUGUCAGUGUGUCAUCAUCAUAAUAAGAGCGAAGAUCUGUACAGACAGACACUCAGUUAGGCUGAAACCUUGUCUGGUGCUGCAGUUAGGUGAUGAAGCUGCUUUUCCGUGCUUUUGCUUAGUUUUAUAUAAGGACACAAACUGCCACCUGCAUUGCUCAAGCAUUGGUGCACAUUAAAUAGUAAUGGGAACACAGUCGCUUACCGACCAUUUGGACCUGAAGCAGGCUUAGAAACUGUCCCAAAACCACUUCUGGUCUGCCACCAACAGACAAACGUAGGCGCGUAACCUUGGAUCUUGGUGGCUGGUGGGAGUGACAACCAGCGUGCUUUCUGUUAUACAAUUUUUAGCUCACAUUGAUCUGGAAGAUUUUUCUAUACUUGCUAUCAUAGGCCGAAAUGUAUAGAUGCUUUGCGGUGUCAUUUGAAUCAAAAUUGUGUAACUACACAUAAAACAGCGCUUGAAAACAUGAGUUGCCUUACCAAGAAAAAUACAGCCAGUAUCAUUUUUACAGUACCAAUAUUGGCGAUGCAUGACAUUUCAAUUUUUGCACGGUGUUGCACGUUAGUACAGUUGAACAUUUUGCCAGUCAGGCUCACAAAACGUUUCAGCUUAAAAGGCAGUGAAAUUGUCUUCUUGGACACCCUCACUUAGAAUUUCUGAAGACUGUCUGGAGAAUCUGCUUCUAGGCACUCUCAACGUUGCACUGCAAUUCCUCAAGACAUUGCUAUUGUUUCUCAUCUCUGACUUAAUAGAGUGAUUCAACGAAUGCAAGGUUGUGGUUCUUGGUUGCAUGACUUACGGAAUGUUAUAUCGAUGACUACACUGUUCACAUGCUGGUUUGUAAUCUCUUCUCUACAGCGACAGCUGGACACACUGAUGCAGACAUAAGGGUUGCAUUCCAACAUCAAGAUUUACACAUGGCUGGUGUUGGUCAGCAUAAUUCAGUCCGUGUUCGUUCAGUCCAUUGGCAAGGUGAGGGAUAACGGUAAAAACAUUGGGGCAUAUGUGGUUGUUAGUUGCUAGCGCGAGUGAAAAGCAAUGAGACCAAUGAGACAAGACGGGGGGUGGGGGUGGGGGACAGUGUGCCAACAGGCUUACCCAUCACGUGCAUAACAUGGUUUCACAGAGUGGCGCUAUAAACUAGCCAUUUCAACGCAUGCCAUUUCUAGGGGUGUGCGAAUGGCAUUCACUACAUGGUUGUCAUAACUCAUCAAGUUGGUACAAAAAUCUGUUGGCUGCUGUAUUUCUUCAGGCAACAUGAGCCAUCAAACAGUGCGUGCAGCUAUGUAAAAAAAAAAGGAUGAUUUGAGCUGUGCUCGUACUUCUCAUAAAGGUUAUUGAAAAGUGACACAAUAUCAACAGACAUUGUCGAUUUCACUUAGCCAUCAGAUGCAGUUCCACUUCUUUUAUGGCGCAAAUAGUUACUAGUCAUGAAUUGCACUGAGCUAACAGUUAAAAAGCUAAAGUAACAAUGUGAUUUGUUUCACUUAAGCAGAAGAUCCCGGGAAGACGUAAUGAACAUGCAUUCAAUUUAAGUCACUCUUUUAAUGUAUUUUUAACGGUAGCAGGCCCUGUUUCGAUCAACCAUUUUUUAGAAACAUCAGCAUUGUAGAAUUCUUUAAAUAUAGGCUUUUUGCGACUUGCUGUCUUAUAGGCUUCUGAGCCCUCUUUAAUUGAAACAUUCCUGCUUCUCAUUGUAAUGUGACAAGGUGCAAUCAUUCACUCUAUUUAAGCAUUGCUCAAUAUAGACACAUGAGAAAAAAAGGGCAUUUUAUUGGCUGUAGUCUCACGCUCUUGUAUGAGAAUGAAACAUAGCAAUGUAUCUCUCGCACUUUUCCCCUUUAGUGUGGACAUAUUGAUGAAACCGCACAUUUUUUAGCGGAAAAUGUUCUCCAUUGAGAGCCUGGCAUGAACAGUCUUCCUGUAGCAUUAUAUUCUGUAAGACUCAGAAAUGUAAUCUUGCUGUCCAUAAUUUCUCAAGGCAGGCAACAGCCAGCUGAGUGGGAAUUUCACGGGUUUCAUGUGCGAGGCUGAAUUUCCAACUCUGGCCUUUUAGUGUGAAAAAGUACACACAAGUGUCGCACUCUUUGCUAAUGAAUCACUGCAGUUUAAAACAUAGUGCCUGAAAUAUGUUGCAGCUGAAGUAUAAUGCCUGUCAACACGCUGAGCACUGCAUAAAACAUCACUACUUUUUGUUUCACGUCUUUCAUUUCAUUCUCACCGUAAAGAAGCUUUUUGGUGCUGGAGAUAUUGGGUUGAAAAUGUUUGAGAUUUUGUGAGCAACAGCAGUUAUGUCAGUGGGGGACAUUCAAUUGGCAUUAUUAGGCAUGCUGUGUCUUCUAUUCACAACGACCUUGUUCCCCCUCAUUUUUGUUAUUGUGCAUAGAUUUUGUAAUAUAUUCAACAUCUUCGGUGUUUCACUCUGUUAGCACUGACAGGGAUUUUGGUGUACGACACUGCACAACCGUAUUUCUGCUGUGUUAUGUUCAUAUUGUGCAGUCGUCAUUCUUUUGACACCCUCGCAACGUGUUUUGUCUUGUGUUGGGAGCAUGUUUAAAACUUAGGUUCUCUGAUGAACCCGAUAAUAAUUGCUCAAGGCUUCCCGGUUUAAGUGUUCUUUUCAAGCGCACAUGUGUUUUAGGCGUCUGCACUGUCGCUGUUUUAAUUGUGAUUAUACCUGCACACUGUGGUGGUAUCCCUUUUAACAGUCGAGCUUUGUUAAAGUUUUUUUUUAUCUUGAUGAUGUGUCACUUGUGUCAGUCAGUUGAAAGUCAUGUUGAACCUCUUUUUUGUUAUAUUUUCCCUUUUUUUUUAGUGCAGUCGAGAAUUGGGCUGCACAGCGCUCAACAGUGUGCAAGUGAAUUGUGUAUCAUGAUAUAGUGCACAAUGUGAUCUGUGUCUUUCCCUUCUGGGUGAAGUUUUUGUUCGUGUUUUUUUAUGUGUGUGUUUUAGUUUUUGUUUUCCUGCUGACGACCUGAGCUAUAAUGGGCAGUAGCGAAACACUUGUUUCAAUCCAAUAUGCAUUUCAUCGCACAGUUGUUGAUGUUUUGUGUCUCUCUGCAGUGCCAGGGACAUCAAACAGCGACAAAAAACUUGACGCUGACCUGCGCAAUACAGAGCUAGUAUCUGAAGCAGUUGUACAUUGCCACGUUAUUUCCAAUUGUACAAAGCAAAUGACAAACAUGCACGGGAAUUUUCCUUCUAUCAGCCUGUAGGUAAUAGGAGCUGUGAGAUGCAGUUUGCCCCGUUUUAGUACCAGGGUAGACCUAUGUGAAGCUCAGGGGUAGCCACCCAUGGUUACUUGUCUCGAUUGUUAUGAGUGCAUAGUGAUUCUUGUACAGGUUUUAUGGUACGAAUUUUGUAAAGCCCCUCCGAAUGCAAUAACUAGGCAUUCUGAAGAAACCAAGUGUGCAGCAAACCAGCGUGGUGUUGCCAGACUUUUAUGCAAUCUCUUUGUAAUCGCAUGGCCAUGCACCACAUGCUCUGGUGUUGCAAUGUUUCAUUUGCGAAGGUUCACGUAGCGAGAGAGCAAGGCAUGCACAGAAAAUGGAAGCCAGUGCAACUGCUAGGUACAGUUAAGGCGUGCGGACAGGGACACAACAGUUCUGAUGCCAUGAAAGAUUGUUCUGGAGUUAAAUGACGGAAUGUUUUGGCCACAAGUUCUUGUGUUUGAUGCUCGGUUUAUGAACAUGGGCUUCAUUAAGGAAAGUGGAAAAGUCACUGUGUUCUCUGUUGUGUUCAAAGCUUAUUACAAAUCCUUGGUGGUGUGGCUGCUUCUUCGUUUGUUUUUUCUGUUUUUAUUUAAUCCUACACUAGUAUUUUUUUUAUAUAUUGUGUCAUGCUGUAAGCUGUGAAUAUACUCACAGUUAAGAAACCUUACUUGGUACAGUGUACGCUCAAAGCAGUAAUUGUUAAAGGGCCCCUUACCAGGCCCCGUGGCAAAUUUUGGUUAUACACUGGAAGUUGCAAAGGUUGUGUCUAGGAAGUGUUGUACCAAAAUAAUUUCUCAAAUCAGUUCAUUAUUGGAGGAGACAGAUGAAAUCAACUGUGUUGUUACCAUGCCAUCAUGGGGCAAAUAUUACUGCCAAGAAAGACACUCUCCCCCUUUGCCUCGACUAGUGUCCACAAGCAACAUUCUUUCGCCGCAUUCUCCCAUACUGGAGCCGAGGGACUGUGCCACAAUCAUGUGAUGAACUCCGCCACCAUUUUCUUUACCUCUUCUUUUUUUGCUGUAUCGAACAUUUCCUUGUGCAUUCUGCAUUGGAUGAUUAACCGACAUUGCGUGCCAUGGUUAGUGAUGAGCAUUCUGUCUUGCAUAGAGACAUUUAUGAGUGUGUUCUUGACUCUCUCGCUGGAAGCCUGGCUCCCUCGAGAGGAAGGGCUUGCGGCCUUCUAUUUGAAGUUUCAACUCUUUUCACCACACGCAGCCAUUCAUUACUUUGCAGACAAGAUCACCUCCACGUGAUCUACGUGCCGUACUUGUUUGUUUGCAAAGCCCAAACCUGAUGAGGGGCCCUUUAAGCCCUUUAAGAAAAAACCAGUGAUCGACAAGGUGCAGGGCUGCUGUGUCUCCUGAAGCAAACCACCUAGCUUGCAGUUGCUGUUUCUCUUUAGUGGCAAGCUGUUGCUUUACUUAUUGAGUUGCCAAUGUAUUUUUGGUGUUUUUUUUUUGUUUUGUGACCGAAUUAUCACUUAUUUAUCUUUCAACCAUUCACUUGUGCCUCAUUGGCAGGUUUAUGCUGGUUCUAGAUGUUGUGUUGCGUGUGCAAAUGUUCGAGUUACGUUGUUCAUAGCAGGCACUCUUAAUAACUUGCACUGUUAUUGUUACCAUUUCUUGAGGGUCUUUUCUUGUGCGUCUGUUCUCCUUGAUGCCAUCUUUUAUGUAGUUUUUUUUUUCUUUAUGCCACAUUUUUAUAAAGGGUCUGCCAAAUAGCAAACUAUAUUAUAUAGCCUAGCAGUGUCGGGAGAUUACCAGCAGCAAGUUGUAGGUUUCUAUUUAAUAUAGAUGAUAAUAAAAGACAUUAUUAAUAUA